AUGACACCUAGCAGUUCAGGCCCUGCAGCUCUACCCUCGCCUGCCCACCCACCCGUGGCGCCCUCGGCCUGCGAGGCAUGCAGAAGGCUCAAGAUGCGCUGCACACGGGAAACCGCCCCUGUCAGCGGCCCCUGUGAUCGCUGCGCGCGCAACCAUCGGUCGUGUGUGAUUCCCCCGGCGCGGCCUCUGGGACGCCGACCGGGGGCGGUGGGCCGCUUUCAAGGCAUCGAAAAAGCAUACCGCAAAAUUCAGGCAGAAAUGCGUAAGCGUCCUGCUGCUGCCUCACGGCCUCAGGCUCCCACAAUCAACCACCCCCCGUCCACAAGCCUGGCCGAUGAGCCUGCGGUCGGCCAGCCAUCCCAGCCGAUCAGUAACCCCCUGGCUCUGCUGGCAGAUGCCUCGGAGGUGUUUCAUGCCAGCACUUCGUCCCAGCCACAAGAGAGCACGUAUGAUGCCAAAGGAAGCGAUCUGCUGUCGAGGUCGGGAUGUGUCUCGUUGGGUCUCCAGCUCAGUCGCGAGACGCUCGAGACGGGCUUGGAUGCCCUCAUGGCUUGGUCGCCCAGGCUGGGGAAGAGCUUGGAUUAUUUCAGGCAGCCGGAUCCCGCUAUGUUUCGUGACGUGGGGCCGGACCUGGAUCCGGUGGAUUUGGGAUUGGUCACUAUGGAAGAAGCCCAUCUGCUGUUCCCGAGGUACUUUGCUCGGUUACACCCGGUCAAUGGGAUCUUGGAUCCUCGACUGCAUACCCCGGAAUAUGUCCGGUCGCAAUCGGCGCUGCUCUUCACCUGGAUCCUGGCUCUUACGGCACAGUUUGACAGCACCCAGGCCUCGUUGGCAACACGUCUGAGACUCCAUGGAGAGAAGCUAUCACGACACGUGCACACCUGUGGGCUAAAGUCGGUCGAGAUUGUGCAAGGAUAUUACAUCUCCUUGCUCUCCGCGACACCAGCAAAGUCAUUGGCCGAGGAAAGGACGGGGCUCUACACCAUGUACGCCUUUGGAAUGGCUGCUGAGCUGGGGCUGGACCAGCAGUCACGGUCGCGCGGAAAUGUCUGUAUAAUGGACAGUGAAGAACCACCCAUACAUGCGGGCGCUGGUUCUCAGACGCUGGACCAGGGCGGGCACCUUUUACGCAGCGCCGAAUGGGAAGACAUUUCAAUCACAUAUCGGCAACGAUGCAGCAGGAACAGAGAACGAACCUGGUUUCGGAUACUCCUGUGGGAACGAGCCAACAGCGCUGCGCGUGGACACAUAAAUCCUUUUCCGAACACGAAGCUCAUCGCGGGCAUCGAAACCUGGUGGCCGCAUCCCUUAGCGGACGCCACCGACAAGCAUACAUGUGCGUUCAUCGUACUGCGCCGCCAUCUCGCGUCAUUACAUGCCGAAUUGCAGACACGGGCUAUCGCUCCCCCGGAUGAUCCGCACUGGAUGAGAAAGAUGGUGGACGAGAGGCUGGCGGAAUGGUGCGACGUCUGGCUGCCGGUGCCAUACCAGGCGGCAGAACCGUCAGAGCAACUAGCCACAAUCUUUCUCUACUAUGUGUACCUGCACAAUCGGCUCUGGAUCCUAUCCUUUGCUCUGCAGGCGUCGGAGAGCGACAAUGGACAGAUGGAAGCCAUCCGACAGGAUUGCCUGCAGGCGGCCGUGCAUAUCUGCGAGGUCACAGUGCGCGACUUGCAGAUGGUGGGCGAACCGCUCUACUGUAUGCUUGCGCCGACAUGGGCCAUGAUCUCUUACGCUGCGGUGUUGGCUUUAGAGCUCUUCCCCCAAGUGCAUGGGGCUCAGCCGGGCAAGGAUGCCGAGCUGCUGGCACUGCUGUCGCAACUUGCUCUACAGCUGGUUCGCGCCGGGACGACGCCGUCGCAUCGCUUUGGUCUGGCCGCCCUGCUGGGAGAGCACCUUAUGGGGAUCUUACGGACCCAGGCAGCUUCGGUUCGCGGUGGGCAGCGUGGUAGGAUGGAGGACUCGCUAGCCAGACUUAACCCCGAAAUUUCUGCCGCGACCUCCGAGGGUACCAUGACUGCAUAUAAGGUCCCAGAUUUGGUCCAUAACCCCUGGUACACAGACGCCACAACGGCCAUGGCAUACGACUGGACGGGGGAUACUUUCACUGAUCUAUUUCGAGAAUUAUUUGGUCCGGGCUAUGCAGACUCUUUUUGAGUGUCUCUUGGUGCCAUGAUCUAACGCAGUCGACUGCCUCUAAGCUGCCAGUCUAUUAAGCACCAACCAUCAAGCAACCGAACAGUACAACUGGAUUAUGCUGGAAUGGGUGUAUAUUGCAUCUUUCUGAACGUAGAAUUUGUCGGGGGCUUCUGAAUACAACACAAGUAUUUCAGCCCUGUUUGGAUAGCUCCAGCAGCGCCGUGGAAUUCUUGAUUUCGUUAUGGGUAAAGCAGAUUCCCAUGAAUUUGACCAUUUCCGCGGCUAUCACCAUGUGAGCACACACCUCGUGCACGGACUAUCAGUUAGUCUUACCUGUCAUUCUCUUAGCCGUGGUGUCAUUAUCGUCCACGCCAUUCAUGCGCGUAUACUGCAGCACCAGGUCGAUCCGCGACCGACGGGCCUCUUCGUACAAGGCCAAGCGGGCCGGG